AAGAGAAGAGAAAGAUAAAGAACCAAAGCAAGGAAAGCAGCUGCAAGAGAGAGAAAGAGAAUAUCAAGAGAAGGGAGACCAAGCAAGGAAGUAGCACCACCACCACUAGAGCAACCAGUAGUACUACACCUCUCUACUACUACUACAACCACUAUACGGUCCUCCUCGGUCUGCGUGCGGGAGCGAACCCUAUUCCUUGUUCUUCUUGAAUCUCGUCCCAAAUCCGCGGCAGCAGAUCAGAGAGAGAUCAGGCCAGAGAGGGAAAAAGAGAUCUCCAAAGAGAAAGAGAGAGAUUUAAGAGGGGGGCAGAGAGAGGGAAUAGAAUGUUCCCAGCUGCCGCUGUUUGCUCCAAGAAGCCCGGCGCCGUAGUGAGCUCAUCGCCAAAUGAUCGGCCGUGCGUCGUUCAGGGCCAGCAGGGAGGGGAUUCCGGCCUCGUCCUCACUACCGACCCCAAGCCUCGCCUCCGGUGGACCGUCGAGCUCCAUGAUCGCUUCGUCGACGCCGUCGCGCAGCUCGGAGGCCCUGACAAGGCGACUCCGAAGACUAUCAUGAGGGUUAUGGGAGUCAAGGGCCUCACGCUUUACCAUCUCAAGAGCCAUCUUCAGAAAUUCAGGCUAGGGAAGCAGCAUAAGGAGUUUGGCGAUCACUCGUCUGUCAAGGAAGCAAUGGAGAUGCAACGGAAUGCAGCCUCUUCUUCGGGUAUGAUGGGAAGAAGCAUGAAUGACCGCAGCGCGCACAUGAACGAGGCAUUGAGGAUGCAGGUGGAGGUCCAACGGAGGCUCCACGAGCAAUUAGAGGUGCAGAAGCAUCUCCAGUUGAGGGUGGAAGCACAGGGGAAGUACAUGCAGUCUAUCUUGGAGAAAGCCUACCAAACUCUGGCGUCCGGCGGCGAUUGCGCCACCUGGCCCGCCGCUGGGUACCGGUCUCUAGGCGGCGCCAGCAUGGAUGUUGGCAGCUCCAUGAGCUUCCAGGACCUCACCCUCUACGGAUCAGGAAGCAGCCACCUAGACCUGCAGCAGCAGAUGGAGAUCAGACCAACAAUGGCGCCCAUGGACAGCUUCUUGGCAUUCAAUGAGAGCUGCAUUGGCAGGAGGAGCCCUGCAGAUGCAGGUGGCAGCUGUUACGGCCGCGCCGCCGGCAAGAGCCCGAUGAUGAUGAUGUGGGCUGGCGAUGAUCAGCAGGCCAAGAGCUGUGGUACCGACGGCGAUGACCAGCUCCUCCAAAUGGCACCGGCAUCGACAAUGAUGAUGGAGGCAGGCGGCGUCGAUGCCAUGGAUCCUAUCAUGUCCAUGUCAGGCGACUCCUUGGGCAGUAAUAAGGGCUUCGAUCGAGGGCCCGAGCUCCAAGCAUGAGACCCAUGAGGUCGUAUCAAUCGUAUCUACAACUAUAUAGGAAGCAAGAGGAACUUUGUCAUACGGUUAAAUAUAUUGAAGAUCGGGCGUGUUUGAAGGAGGAACGUAUUUAUUGGUAAAGUUUUGGUAUUUAGUUCAAAUUUGAUUUGAAUAUCAAAAUUUUACCAAACAAAUCCAUUCUUCCAAAGAGCCCUAAAUGUGCCUUUAAUUCCUUAUUCUGUGAGAAGACCAUUAAGAGAUAAUUAAGUUGAUAUCUUGUUGUCAUAAACCAAGCUUAAUUGUCGAUCGCAUAUGUAGAUCGCUAAAUAAGCAUGGCUUGGGUUGGGAAUGGUAGUUUGUGUGUUAUGCUCAUGUUUAUUCAUCAGAUAUAAUCACUUUGUUAUAUAUUGGGAGGGGGAGGGGGCAUCAUUUGUUUCAUGGUGCCAUGUAAUUUAUAUUCUUUUUAGGAUGGAGUAUAGAUAACAAAUUGUGUUUUAACAUCUUGGAGAUGGUUUAAGGUUUGUACAUUUCGAUGUUAUCGUGAAAGCAUGCUGAUGUGAAACAUGCUUCAGUAUCA